AUGUCGAAUCGUCAGAUGGCUCGCGAUAUGCAAGUCGAGUUUCAGGCUCGAUUCCAAGCCAAACAGGCUCGUCGCGAGGCCCAAAAGGCCGCCAAGCAGGACCCCAUUCUCAAAAAGCAGAUCCAGGAUCUCCUUAAGAAGGGUGAGACGCAAAAGGCGUAUCAGAAGGCCAAGAUGCUACUUUCCAAGCAGGCGCUUGCUCAGCAGAUGGACCAGAUGGCCGAUAUGGCUGAGCUGUCUGCUGCACAGAUUCAGGCCAACAACUCAAUGAACCGCAUGACUCAGAUGAUGGCCCAGUCGUCGCGAACUAUGAAUGUGGCCCAGAAGAAUACCAACCCCGAAAAGACUCUUGUUACCCUCGAGCAGUUCAAACAACAAAACGAAGAAUACGCCAUGUCCAACGGCAUCUAUCAAGAUGCCAUCACCCAAUCUACCUCGACUCAAGUUGGCGAAGACGCUGUCCACGAGCUACUCGGAAAGCUGGCCGAUGAUGCUGGCCUCGAGCUCAGCAAGGAACUCAACCAAGCGACGCCUUCAAAUGCCGAGCCUGCGCAGACCAACGAGCCCAGCGCCGAAGAGGAGGAUAAGCUUCAGCAGAGGCUGCGGGCCCUCCGUGCAUAG